AACAAUCAUGGCGUCGCACGGACAAGAUACCGUAGAGAAAAAACCGGCGGCGGUGUCGUUUGGUUUCACUAAAACAGUUAGUAAAUUUAAACCUCCGACCCUCGACGCUCCGACUAAGAAAGAGGAGAAAGAUUACUUGACCGGAAUUGAUGGAAAUGAGUUGCAAAGUUCAAAACCUACUGAUAAGCCGAAAGAGCUCAUCAUACCUCUGAUCCAAAAGAACCGCUGGCACAAACCGGACCGAGCGGGCCAGAGCGAUGAAAGUGGCGGCAAAACAACCCAAGAGAGCGACUCCGUGGAGUCUCAGGCUGUCAAAGAACUCAUUGAAGAUUCCCGGAGGCAGCUUGAGCUAUGGCAGAAUGGACCUCCAUCAGAGAGUAACCUCAACCUGGCCAUUCCCUUGUUGAUGCAAAACAAAGCGCCAGAGGGGUUUGAGGAUGGAGACCAUGUGAAGGUGGACCUGCGGCCUGAAUCUUCAACAGAAGCAGAUUAUGAGACCGUUCCUGUUGAGGCGUACGGACUUGCUAUGCUUAAAGGGAUGGGCUGGAAGAAAGGGGAAGGCAUUGGACGUACCUUUAAACAAGAUAUAAAGCCAAUUGAACACCAGCUCCGUCCAAAAGGGUUGGGCCUCGGGGCAGAUCGUUCGGCAAUAAAGGACCUGGAGCCCAGCAGACGUAAGCGUCCGCCGAAGCCAGGCGAGGAGCAAGAAAAGGAGGAGGAGCUAGUGAUGGGUCCUGGGGGUUGUGUGCUGGUGGAAUCUGGGGCACAUAAAGAUCUAUAUGGCAAGAUAGAAGGUGUUGAUGCAGACAACGCUCGAGUCGUGGUGAAGCUGGCUAUCGGCGGCAAGACUGCGACAAUCAGCCAGUACGCCAUUAAACUAGUUGGACGCACGGAAUAUGACAAAUACAGCAAAGACCUCAGUCGUCUCAGUAAAGCGCACAAAGAGAAGGAAAAGGAGAAAGAGAGACGAGAGGAGAGGGAGAGGAGCAGUAAUAGUGACAAGGCAAAACACAAAUCUUCCGAAAGAGAUGGGGGAAAAGAUGAGAGGAAGAGGAAACACAGAGAAUCAAGUCGAGACAGAGAUAAGCCUCCAGUGAAAGAAACAAAACGACCACCGGCUCCUCCCUCCUGGCUCCAGAGAGAUCUUAAAGUUCGCUUCAUAGACAAAGCUUUCAAAGGGGGCAGGUAUUACAAUUCAAAGAUGCGAGUGGAGGAUGUCCUGACACCGUCUACCUGCGUGUGUCGAACUGAAGAGGGAAGACUGCUAGACGAUGUGAAGCAGGACAUGCUGGAAACCAUCAUCCCAAAAAGUGAAUAUGAUUCUGUAAUGGUUGUGCUGGGUGAGCACAGGGGGCAGGUCGGCCGUAUUCUUCAGCGGGACAAGAACAAGUGCAGAGCGAUGGUUCAGCUCGACAGAUACGAGGAGAAAGUGUUCACGCUGGAGUAUGACUCCAUUUGUCACUAUGUUGGAGACCACUGAUUUCUGAUCUGUAUUGUAAUAUUUACUGUCAUUUUCCACCCCAUCUCAUUUUAACUGUUGUUUUUUGUAAUAUUCAUAAAUAAUGGAUUUUCAAGCAUUGCAAUUUUGUAAUAAAACCGUGUCACAAA